GGGAGAGUGCGGGGAGAGUGCGGCGUUAUCGCGGCGUCACUUAUAUAGUAUACGUGCACGUUGCAUACGUUAGUGGCUAUUAAUUAUAUUGUUUUAUAGUUAAUAUGUCAUCCGAAAUAAGACUUGUGCAGGAAAUAGAGAAGUUUGAGUGUUUAUAUAAUAACUUUUUGCCAGAAUACAAUCGUAAAGAUUUAGCUGAAGAGGCCUGGGCACAAGUUUCCAGCAGUACAGAGCUGUCAGCAGAAUGUAAAGAGAAAUGGAGAAACAUUAGAAGUUCGCUCCUCAGAAAUCUCAAACCAAGUGAAAAACCGAGAAAACCGUAUUAUCUAAUACCAUAUCUACAUUUCUUAAUACCAUUCCUAAAACCAAUUAAUAAUCUCGAACAAAAGGACGAACCAAACACCAGCAAAGAUUCAGAUAUAUUUAUUUGUGCCGUAAAAUCUGAGGACGAGUGUCAGUUAAUAUGUGACACAAUUAAUUCAGAAAUAAUAUCUGAUGAGGACUCCCACGUCGAAAGGGUGCAGUCUCAUUCAAAUUCUGUACCAAAUAAAAGAAAAAGAAAAGAGGGAAAUAGUAGCAUAAAAAGAAAACGUCAAGAGACAGAGAUUGCUUAUGACAUUAGUUCAAUACCAUCGAGCGACGCACCACGAACAGUUUGUGAAGCUAUGAGAUACUUUCUCUUAAGUCUUUUACCAGAAUUCGAAACAAUGUCAGAAGACCAAAUUAGACAGUUUAAAAUAAAAGUAAUGAUGGCUAUAGAUGAUAUCAAAUCAAAUGGGGGUAAAAUAAAACCUUUACCGGAUAGUACGUCCAAUCGUUUACAGAAAAGACUUAUUAAUUUGCUCCUAAAAAAUCUUGAAAAGAGUUGACCCUGAAUUUGUAGAUUUUAUAGUUAAGGAUUAAAUUUAUUAAUAUUUACGCUA